UAUAAUUACAUUUAUUAUGGAUAUAAUGGCAUGGAUGGAUAUUGCAUUACAAAAAGCUGAGGAAUCUUUAAAAGCUGGUGAAGUACCGGUUGGAUGUUUAUUUAUAUAUAAUAACGAAAUAAUUGCAACAGGCAAUAAUACGGUAAAUGAAACUUUUAAUGCAACUCGUCACGCCGAAAUAAAUUGCAUUGACCAAGUCUUAAAGUUCUGUAAAGAAAAACGUGUAGACUACGAAAUAGUGUUUCGUAAUCUAGAUGUAAUUGUCACGGUAGAGCCGUGCAUAAUGUGUAUGUCGGCUCUACUUCAAUUACAAAUACGCAGUAUUGUAUAUGGCUGUGCAAACGAUCGAUUCGGCGGUUGCGUCAGCGUUCUCGAAGUAUCGAAGUUUUACGAUUCGAAAAUAGUGAUACAAGGAAACAUUAAGGGAGAGGAAGCCAUGAAAUUACUCCAAGAUUUUUAUAAAGGUGUCAAUCCAAAUGCGCCUGAAUCAAAAAUCAAAAAAGGACGUAAAAUUAAAGAAACUUUAUUAACAGAUGACAAAUAAUGUUUCUUAUAGUUUUCUUUUAAUUCUGGACUCGUGAAACAACUUUUAUAUAUUUCAUACAUUUUCAUUUAAUAUAUUACAUGAAUAUAAAAUGUUUUCAUUAAUUAUGAGUUACGUUGCUCCAGCAUACAAUCUUACCGUAAUAAUUUAGAGUCUUUUUAUAGUUUUUUUAUACUAUAUAAUGUACAUACAACAAAUAGAAUAGCACUAACAUUAUUCAUA